AUGGCAGCUACAAGCCGACGAGACGACUAUGCCAACCCUCCCUUGGCCGACGACGACCUCAUUGACCCCGACGAUGCUGACCUCGAUGACUUUGACGAUCCCCUCGGCCACACCUCCUCGCGCCAGCCACUUACAGGUAAUAUCGGUUCCAGCUCCUCGUCGUCACGGCCUCUCAACGAGAAUGCUUGGACGUCGCGCAUACCUGGCGAAGACCGCCGUGCACCGCAGAACACAAUUGACGAAUCUGUGUGGGAUACCCUCCGUCGCGAUCUCCUGGCGGUCUGGGCGAAGAUGAGGGAGGUUCUGUACCCGAAGUAUUUGUUGGGUGGAACCAUGUUCGACGCUAAUGGCCUCCGGGGGGCGUACGCGAAUAUUCGUGGAGCCGGUUUUUCCGGUGCUCGCGAGGAGAUAACAGGGCUUGCGAGUCGAUUCAUGGACUCGGAGGCUCUGCUGUCGGGGAACAACAUGACUCCCGGCCUGCGCGAUUGGGAUCUGUGGGGACCUCUCAUCUUCUGCCUGCUGCUCAGUCUUCUACUGAGCUUCAACGCGCGGGCAGAUCAGAAGGAUGUGGUGUUCAGCGGCGUGUUUGCCAUGAUAUGGAUCGGAGAGGCUGUGGUGACGCUCCAGAUCAAGCUGCUGGGAGGAAGCAUCUCGUUUGCGCAAAGCGUCUGCAUUAUAGGAUACACGCUGUUCCCCCUGGUCAUUGCAGCGUUGCUCUCAGCGUUUGGCAUCCCUACGAUCGCACGUGUCCCCGUUUACCUCUUCCUUGUCGCUUGGUCAUUGGCUGCAGGAGUAAGCAUCCUCGGCGGUAGCGGUGUUGUCAAGAAUCGGGUUGGCAUCGCGGUGUAUCCGCUCUUUGUGUUCUAUCUGGGUCUGGGCUGCCUCUGCUUUAUCAGCUAA